UCUCGCUCUCAUGUCUGGGACAGAUCCCCUACAUGUGAUAUCCAGACAAACCACACUCCAAAUUGAAAUGGUUGAGACACCCGAGGGCAAAAGGUCCGCGAGCAUCGAUUCUUUCCAAUCCAUGCCCCGCUUCGGCUCCAGCCAUAUACAUAAAGCAAACCACAACCUCCCCCUGCAUCGCCCAGACGAUCGAUCGACCAGCAGGCUUGCUGCGUUCAUUCCUUGAAAAAUUGCAACAAGAUGAGUAGUGCGUCGCCGGUGACCACCCUCAAAACUGAAGCAGACCUGCAACAGAAGUUGGGUUCCGCCGAAAAGCUGGUGGUGCUGGAGUUCGUAAAACAGGGCAGCAAGAUCUGCACUUACGUGAAGCGGGAACGGGAUAGGAUCGCCCAAGAAAUGGAAAAAGUGGCCGAGUUCUACGAGCUCGACGUCGACACUUUCAAGAAAUUUGCGACGAAGUUCCAAGUAGAGGCCCUGCCGGCGUUCGUGGUGAUGCACAAGUUCGUUAAGAAGCGCCAUGUGGUUGGAACCGACGAUCUCAAGAAAGCUAUCGAGGAUGCCCACGCUAAAUUCGGCUCUGAAACAAAAGAACCCGCACAAAACUCUGAACCAAAAGAACCCGCACAAAACUGUGAAAAUUUUCAUGUUCAAAUAAAGAUGCUACUUGAGAGUUUAUGAACCGGACGACGAGGUUUGCAUGUGCAUUUUCAGUUCGAAACGACGAAGGUUUGCAAGGCGCUUGCCGUCGUUGACGGCUUUAUGUACUUGCCGCCAUUUUAGUUCAGGGUCUGGGUCUUGAAGGACUCCUAAGGCUUUGCAGUCCUCAUCAAGCCGAUCGAGGGCCACCGCAAAUCCGCCAAAGAUGAAGAUUUCGCUGAUCUUGACAAGCUGGAAACUUCAACAAGGUUGCUGAGCCUUUAUCAACACCACCUCCGAAGAGAGCCAAAGAUGUCACCAAGAUUAAAGUUGAAGGAGGGCCCAUUUAAAAUGCGAAGACAAGGCUUUCAAUCAUCAAUCUCGAGGCAUUAGUUUGUAAAUAAGAAAUUAUUACUAUAAAUACCAUUUGCCCUUGAAUGUUUCACCAAAUAUAGUUGGUAGGUGUGGCAAAAUUGUAAAUGCGACAAUUCGUCUACCGUACUCCUGAAACUGAUUGGACAACUUUUUAUACAAUCAUUAGUCCAAGAACUUAAUUUUCUA